AUGGCUCAUCAUUUAGUGUUCUUCCUACUCACCCUAAUAGCCUUGGCUGCCUUAGUACAAUGUCAAGCGGUAGAGUUCCAUGUGACCAAUAAUGCAGCAUCCAUGCUCGGUUGGGCUCGAUUCACUGACCAGAUUGGAGUCGAGUACACCGAGCAAAAGAUGAACUCUUCCACAGAGUUCAUGCGGAGGCUGCUGAAUGAAACUAGCAUCCAGGGUCAGAAAUCGGAGGUGUCGAAUGUGACUCUUUUUUUGGAAACCCUAGACGACGACAUAGCCUACACCAAUAUCGAAAACCAGCAGGCACCUGUGGGGCUGAUGGAAGGGAUAGCGGAUUCCGUGAGGCUUAAGGCGGGGCUGGCACCAAGCCAGGGCAAGGUGACCGCUGGGAUCAAGGCAAAGAAAGUUGAUGAGCUGUGGAGUGAUUACGAGGCCGAGUAUGGACACUAA